UUUAGUUAAUACAAAAAGAAAAAAAUAAUGUCUGCAAAUCAUGGAUCUUCAAAGCCGGCUAAAUCAGAAAAGUUCUAUUAACAAAAAUCUAAAAGACUUUUCUCUCUUUUUCUUCACUCAAAAUUGAACACUUAGCCAAUGUCUAUAUGUCCUUUAUUUGUCUCUUAUUUUUCACCUCCUACAAAAUCCAUCUUCCUUACUCAUCAAGCUAAAUAAUUCAUGCUUCACUUCAUAACCAUGAAAUCAAAUCUUAAUCUAGAAGACUCGAAGAGCUCGAGUGAAGAAGAAACGGAUCGAUCAUCGGAGAAAUCAAAUGAUCAAUCAAGUAGAUCUUAUGAGUGUGUGUUUUGCAAGAGAGGGUUCACUACAGCACAAGCUUUAGGUGGUCAUAUGAAUAUUCAUAGAAAAGAUAGAGCAAAACCUAGAGCUAGUUCUAACUCGUCAUCAUCGCUAAAUUCUCCGUUGAUUUCGAGCAAAUUUGAUGAAGAUUAUUAUGCUACUAUAAAAGGGUACCCUCCAAUUCAAAGCUAUACACCUCAUCAAUAUUAUUCAACACCUAAUUAUCAUGAGGUACACAUAAAUUAUCAAACAUUUUUUCCAUCUUCUAGUUCAUGGGGUUGCAACCCUUCAAUUGGAGAUAGAUUAUAUGUUCAAAAUCCACAGAUUUUAAAUCCUUUUCAUGAUCUAACCUUGCAAAUUGGUUCAUCACAUGAUGUUCAUAAUAAAGAAAAAGACGACGGAAGUGAAGCUGGCGAGUUAGAUUUGGAGCUGAGACUCGGUCAUGAUCCAUAGUUCAUCAUCAAUCCAUCCUUAUUAUAUAUUGGAUUAGGUAUUUGAUUAUGGAACUUUUGCAUACUUUUAUAUGUUUUAUAUAUAUAGCUGUGUUUGUCAUAUAAUUGUACAGCUAUGUGGGAAAAUUUUAGAAAAAUGUAUUUUUUUGUUUUGCAUUAAUAAUUAUUAUCUUUUUUGGAUUA